CCCCUCCCGCACCGCGACGGAGGUCACGUGAGGCGGCGGGCGGUUGUCUGCGCGACUCCGCGGGUGAAGAAGCGGCCCGAGGGCGGGAGGACGGACGGACGGACGAUGUGGAUCCUCAGGCCGGUGGCCCCGGGCAGAGAAGGACCUUACUAUUUAUUGGUUGGUGUGAAUUACAUUGUUGGACGAAAAAAUUGUUUAAUCCUUCUCCAUGAAGAUCAGUCCAUCAGUCGCUCUCAUGCUCAGCUUUCGGUUGUUCACCCUGAGGCAAAUCUGAACAACAUGGCCAAUAGAUCUGUACUGACAUUAAAAGAUAAUUCAAAAUAUGGGACUUUUGUAAACGAGACGCGAUUACAAAACAACAGCCCAAGGAUCUUGAAGUCAGGCGAUGCGGUCACAUUCGGCGUUUUUGACAGCAAAUUCAGGGUAGAAUAUGAACCCCUGGUCAUUAGUUCUUCCUGCUUGGAAGUGCCAGUUAAAAUUGCACUAAACCAUUCGAUUCAACAACUUGGAGGUCAUGUUGCCAAGAAUUGGACGAAGGAUAGCACUCAUCUCGUUAUGUCAUCGGUAAAGAUUACAGUGAAGACCAUAUGCGCAAUGAUCUGUGGUCGACCGAUAGUAAAACCAGAAUACUUUGUCGAUCUUAUUGAAAUAAUCCGAAAUAGAAGACAAAUACCCAAUCCAGAAAGUUAUUCCCCUCCUAUUGAUGAACCUAGUAUCAAGCCUGGAGAGCUGGAUAUUACAGUGAAACCUGAACGAAAAUCGACUUUUAGAGGCAAAACAUUCUUCUUUUUAAAUGCAAAACAGUACAAGAGGCUGAGCACUGCUAUAACAUUUGGUGGAGGAGAAGCUAAAGUUUUGGAGAGUAGUGGCUCAAAUAUUUCAUCCAUUGAAGCAACAGGGAGCUGUAUCGUUGAGGUUGGUGUGUCGGAUUCUCAGAACUUGUCAAAUGCAACAGAAAAAUGGAUUGAGUCGGUCAUGAGAACCCUGCAACGAAAAGAAUUACGUGCUAUACCCGAGGCAGAAAUUGGUUUAGCCGUUAUCUACAAUUCAACAGAUAAUUAUUGUAACCCUCGCAGCAAGCCUAUUCCUGACACUUGUUCAAGAACAAUGAUUCCAGGUUCUACGCUUUCUCAAAGUAUGUACAUGGGUGAUAUGACAGCUCCUGGCCUUUCACAAAUUAUUCCAUGUGUUCCAGAUACUCAGUCGUCACAGAAACACAGUACUAGAACAAGCACAAGCGGACUGCACGUGAUAGAAGAAACACUGGAUAUGGAAGAGCACAGCAAAGCGCUUACACAAGACAUUUCUGCGGUAAAUGAAACAUCCAGCAUGAGGCCAUUAAAUUCUACAGAAGUAAAAUAUGCGAACGAACAAAAGAGACAAACGUUUGCCAUUUUUAAUAACAAAACAUCCUCACCAACAAAAUCCACGAGUGCUCAGAAGAAAAGCAACUCCUGUUCGCAAAAUCAAUCCCUUUCUAUCCGCAACUUCUUUCAUCCAGCGGAAAAAAAAAGGGAAAGAGAGGAAACAGAAGUAUCCCAGGCGAAAUUUGCAAGAAUGGAGGACCCAGAACUACUUGAUGAUCAUCAUCUGCACGUCGAUCCUUCGUUGGAGAAGAAAGAUUCAGAGUUUACUAGUCAGAACACGCAGAACAAAUAUAUUUCUGAAAGCGUCAAAAUAGAUACCUCUGCUGAGUGUUCAAAAGGGAACGCUGGACCCUUGAAGGAAGAAAAAACAUCAGGAGAAAAGUUCCCCGAGAAUACUGAUGUAGUUUGUGAAUUUAAAACACAAAAAAUAAAGCAAGUCGAAAGCCCGGCAGAUGAUGUGAUGUUUUCCAGACAUGAACAGCUGGGAGUGAGUAAAAGGAGGAAGUUGGAAGCUGAGGUUUUGGAGUGCAAGGUGAAAGAUGAGCUAACGACAGAGAAUGGGACCAAAGAAUCUCAUUUGGAAUUACUUCUUCAAUCUGAAAAUGAUGAGACUAUUCCAAGCAAACUUUUGUUAACAGUGUUCAAGUCGCUUGUUUGCCAGACUGGAAAAGAGACACAGAUUACCUCUGCUGUUAAUGCCAAGGACACUCAACUGAAGAACUUUAAAAAUUUUAGAAAGAUGUUGUAUCCUGGAGCAAAGGCACUUCCUAAAAUUAUUGGGGGCACGGAUCUGAAGGCUUAUCAAACUAAAAAGAGCUCAGAAAUGGAGGAGUGGUUACGACAAGAAGUGGAGGAACAGAGCCAGAAAGCUAAGGAAGAGAAUCUUGCUGAUGAUUUGUUCAGAUAUAAUCCUAAAUCCAUCAAAAGAAGAUGAUGCUAUUGGGGGAAAUGAUCACUGUAGCAACAAGCAAACCUUUUCUUGAGCUUCAGAGAACAGUUGUAUGUAGCUGGACAUGACACCCAAAAGUCUGAAAGAUUUCCUAUUGUAAUGUUUACAGCUAUUUCUAAUUGUGUUUGGCUGUGUUCUAAUUUUAAAAGUCAGGAUCUGAUUUUUUUUUUUGUGUGUGUGUUUUUUCUGUUGACCACUUCAAUGGGCUACGUGUGUAGGAAAGAACUGCAGAUGCUGGUUUAAAUCGAAGGUCGACACAAAAUGCAGGAGUAACUCAAUGGGACAGGCAGCAUCUCUGGAGAGAAGGUAUGGGUGACGUUUCGGUCGAGACCCUUCUUCAGUCUGAGUUACUCCAGCAUUUUGUGUCUACCUUCAAUGGGCUAUGUGAUGUUCUGUGAAGAAUCGGAGUAAGUUGCUGAAAGCCACAAAACAGAAUUGACGGACAAAUUAAUAUAUUCACAUGGGAAUUGUCAUUAUGCAAUGUAAAUAUACUAAAUAUCUGAUUCACAAUAAGUUGAUAUUGUUUAAAAUAUGCAAGAACUUAACCUUCUUUACAUGCAUUAAACUUCCCAAAUAUAUGCCACAAAUUGGUGUUUUACUACAA